UGACGUCAGACGCAACGUCCCCUUGCGGGGGGCGGCGAAGUUGCAACGGCGCGAUUUUUCAAAAUGGAGCCUCGCAAGGAGGGCGUUUCUCCCCGGCCCCCGUAGCCGGGAGGCAGCCAGGGAGAGAGGCCUGGGGAUCGGCGGCGGCUCGGGACGCAGCGAAGGGGUGCUAAAGGAGCGAGGGCCGCCGCCGCCGCCGCCGCCAUGGCGACCUGCAUCGGCGAAAGGAUUGAGGACUUCAAGGUGGGGAAUCUCUUGGGCAAGGGCUCCUUUGCUGGAGUCUAUAGAGCGGUAUCCUUGAAAACAGGCCUAGAAGUGGCCAUAAAAAUGAUUGAUAAAAAGGCAAUGCACAAAGCUGGAAUGGUGCAGAGAGUUCAAAAUGAAGUGAAGAUACAUUGUCAAUUAAAACAUCCCUCUAUACUUGAGUUGUAUAACUACUUUGAAGAUAGUAACUAUGUGUACCUGAUAUUAGAAAUGUGCCAUAAUGGAGAAAUGAGCAGAUUCUUAAAGAACAGAAAGAAGCGUUUCUCUGAAGAAGAAGUUCGGCAUUUCAUGCAUCAGAUUAUUACAGGGAUGUUAUAUCUUCAUUCCCAUGGAAUAUUGCAUCGGGACCUCACGCUCUCUAAUCUGUUACUCACCAACAAUAUGAAUAUCAAGAUUGCUGACUUUGGACUUGCAACCCAAUUGAAAAUGCCUCAUGAAAAGCAUUAUACAAUGUGUGGGACUCCUAAUUACAUUUCUCCAGAAAUAGCAACAAGAAGUGCACAUGGUCUUGAGUCUGAUGUCUGGUCUUUGGGCUGUAUGCUUUACACUCUUCUGGUUGGAAAACCACCUUUUGAUACUGAUACAGUAAAGAACACCUUGAACAAAGUGGUGUUGGCUGACUACGAAAUGCCAUCAUUUUUGUCAAGUGAUGCUCAAGAUCUUAUUCACAGGUUACUUCGCAAAAACCCAGUAGAUCGUUUAAGCCUUUCAUCCGUAUUGGAUCAUCCUUUUAUGUCGAAGUGCAGCUCAGCAAGAAGUAAAGAUCUGGGAAAUGUAGAAGACUCAAUGGACAGUGGAAAUGCCACAAUGUCUACAGCAUUUACUUCCUCCCCCAGUGUCAGUACAAGUGGCUGCAUAAAGGAAAAGAAGAAACUUGUAGUGGGUCAGCCACUUCCCAACAAAAUGACCAUUCUUCCUAAAAAUAAGAAUUCUAGUGAUGUCUCAUCUGGGUGUAGAAGCAUAUCUCCUAACAACUGUGGAAUUCCUGCAAAAGAAAUUGGUACUGGUAGAGGUAGAACAAUGCAGCAGAUUGAAGAAAGACCCCAUUCACGUUACCUCAGGAGGGCACACUCCUCUGAAAGAUCAGGCACAACCCACAGUCAGAAUCGAGGAGAAUCAAAUCAUGUGGAAAGAUGCCAUUCUAUGGAAAUCCUCUCGAAAGCCAGAGGAGGGCUAACAGAAAACAUGAAGGAUUUUUCACCUGCGAAUAGUCACAGUGAUAUUCCUCCCAUAUUUAAAGAAAGGCUUCCUACUAGCUCUGGUUCUAUGGAAAAAGAACUGUCUCUACCUAUGAAGGAUCAGACUUGUUCAAAUUAUCCCUGUCCGAUGAAACCCAGUGUUGCUUUAUUAGGACCGAAGUCUCAAACUGAAACAAUGGAGCAGUGGCUUGGCAAUUUGCAACUCAAUGCUCAGAUGUCAGAAACUUCACAUAACACAAAUGGAAAUUUUCAGUUCCAUCUUAGUGUGCCUCAAGACCCAUUGAAAAAUAUAUGGAAUAGCUUAAAAGGCAACAGACCUCCUGAGUAUGCACAGUCAACUGUGACUCCCCAGGACACAAAAAAAUAUACUGCUGGACUUCCCUGUGAAGCUGAGAAGGCUCUGCCACCAUCGGCAUUUGAUCAACAUUUAGUGCCUGAAAUCACAAACAGGGGCAAAGAACCACAAUAUGGACACCCAAAACCUACUCUACGGAGUAUUGUAUCUCCUCUGAAUGCUCAUAGGUUAAAACCAAUCAGGCAGAAAACAAAAAAUGCUGUGGUGAGUAUUCUAGAGACAGGGGAAGUCUGCAUGGAAUUUCUAAAAGAAUAUAAUUUGCAGGAGUUUGUAAAAGAAGUUCUGAGCAUAUCUUGUGAUGGAAAUAUGGUCACAGUUUGCCACCCAAAUGAAGGAAGAGGCAUUCUUCUUAAUGACAGACCACCACCACCACCUCCUAAAAGUAUAAGUGUAUAUACGUUUGACAACUUGCCAGAGAAGUACUGGAAGAAGUAUCAGUAUGCUGCCAAAUUUGUGCAGUUGGUAAGAUCCAAAACUCCCAAAGUCACUUUCUAUACAAGAUAUGCCAAGUGUAUGUUGAUGGAAAAUUCUUCUCCUGCAGAUGUAGAAAUAUGUUUUUAUGAUGGGGCAAAAAUACAUAAGACAGCAGGUGUAAUUCGAGUAAUAGAAAAAUCUGGAAAAGCCUACACAAUAAAAGAAGAAAAUGAAGUGGGAUUACAGAAGGAUGUACAGAUAUAUGUGGAUCAUGCAAAUGAGGGACAUCGCAUCUGCCUUGCACUGGAGUCUGCCAUUUUGGCAGAAGAAAAAAGUGAAAGUGUUCCAUUUUUCCCCAUUAUUGUUGGGCGGAAACCCGGAAACCCUGAGUCUCCAAAAGCUUUGGUAUCUCCACCUCCUUUACAAGAUACAAGUCCUGCAGUGCAUACAGCCUUGUUGAAGAGAGAUAUUGCUGCCCGGUCUGAUUCUGCAAGUGAGGUGUCUAACAUUCAUCCACCUAUGUUGUCAUAUGAAGGAUCUGCAUUCACAACAGAUGUGACUGAAUCCAAGAGCUCCUCUGGUUUCCCAAAUAAGUGUGCUGGAAAUUCACCUCAGUUGCUGAAAUCUGUCUUUGUAAAGAAUGUUGGAUGGGCUUCUCAGCUGACUAGUGGAGCAGUAUGGGUUCAGUUCAAUGAUGGAUCCCAGUUGGUAGCUCAAGCUGGCAUUUCAUCCAUCACGUACACAUCUCCAGCUGGUGACACAAUUAAGUAUGGAGAAAAUGAGAAAUUGCCAGAGUACAUCAAAGAGAAAUUGCAUUGUUUAUCUUCCAUUCUGGUAAUGUUUACCAAUCCAGUUGGUCCCCACUGAAAAAUAAUUUUGAUAUGGAGUCUUC